GCUGUAGCCUACUACUUUAAUGUAUCACUGAUAUAAAUCUACAAUUGAGUUUCAACGAUCAGCAACCUAUCACUGCCAGGGGCUGCAAUAAAACCCUCAGCAUCAGCUCAAGGUAGCAGCCGUCACUGGUGACGCUUAGGGCACCGGGCCAUUUCGUUCGUGUGGUCGUCCUUCCCCCUACAGCGAUUGCGUUCUAACCACCGAGAGAGAGAGUCGAGUUGACAGAUUUGCCCUGGGAUUGAGCAUCCAAGGUUACGCAUCCAAAAAGAUAAAGGGGAUGGAGGCAUUCAACCAUAAUCUCAAUGCAUAUAUCGACUCAUGGAUGGGUCCAAGGGACUCCCGAGUGCGAGGAUGGCUGCUGCUGGAUAACUACCCACCGACUUUUGCACUGACUGUCAUGUACCUCCUGAUCGUGUGGAUGGGGCCUAGAUACAUGAAGAACAGGCAGCCAUUCUCCUGCAGGGGGCUGCUGGUAGUGUAUAAUCUAGGCCUCACUCUCCUCUCCCUGUACAUGGUCUAUGAGCUUGUGACGGCAGUGUGGCAAGGAGAGUACAACUUCUUCUGUCAGGACACUCACAGCGCCAGGGAAACUGACAACAAGAUUAUCCGAGUCCUGUGGUGGUAUUAUUUCUCCAAGCUGAUCGAGUUCAUGGACACCUUUUUCUUCAUCCUGCUGAAGAAUAAUCACCAGAUCACAUUCCUGCACAUCUACCACCAUGCCAGCAUGCUCAACAUCUGGUGGUUUGUCAUGAACUGGGUGCCGUGUGGACACUCGUACUUUGGGGCCACACUGAACAGUUUCAUCCACGUCCUGAUGUACUCCUACUACGGGCUGUCGGCCAUCCCGGCCAUGCGGCCCUACCUCUGGUGGAAGAAGUUCAUCACCCAGGGGCAGCUGAUUCAGUUUGUCAUCACCAUGGCCCAGACGACAUUUGCGGUGGUUUGGCCGUGUGGCUUUCCCAUGGGCUGGCUUUACUUCCAGAUAUCCUACAUGGUGACAAUGAUCUUCCUCUUUUCGAACUUCUACGUCAAGACUUACAAGAGCCACGGCGUGUCCCUAAAGAAGGACUAUCAGAACGGCUCAGCAGCCACAAAGAAUGGCCACAUGAAUGGAGUGGGCCCCACAGACAGCAAAAACUACAGGAAACUGAGGGCUGAUUGACAUCUGCUCCGGGCCCAUAAGCAAACCUCACUAUCUUCACAGUAGUGCAUAUCCAUACAAUAUUGCUAGGAAGCAGUGCAAGAUUUCUUAUCAGGAACCCAUAGGAGAUAUAUGCAGACUUUAUCCACUGUAGAAAAAAGCCAAAGCCAUUUUGAUCUUUGAGACUCCUAAAGUUGCACACCAUGACCUGUUAUUAUUCAUAUUGAAUCAAAACACAUGACCGCUGAGAUUAUGCAGAGUUCUAGCAUGGGGAAUCUUCUGAUGAGGGUCAGUAGAUACAUUUCCUUUGUGCAGAUUAAAGAUUAUAAUUUUUAGUUUAUAUAUUGAUGAUUGUUGAAUACAAGUAUUAGUUUCUUAGUCUGUCAUGUAACCAGCCACUGACAUAAGGGUUCUAUUUGAUAAAUUCAGCCUCAAUAUUAAACAUAAAGCAAAUGAUCCUUAUAAUAAAUCAACAAAAUACACAAAUACAACAAAUUGAUCCAAAAUGGGAUGUCACAACACUAGCGAUUAUCACAAAUACAUAAUGGCUUCCUUAAAGCUUGCUUAAACCUUAAACAUGCAAAUGCAUGUGUUAUCCAAAUGAGUGACUAGAUCAAUGAGAAAAAAAAGGUAAGGCAAAAAUUACUUUUUAUUUCACAAUAGUGCUUACAUAAAUGAAUGCCCCUCCCUCUCCAAAUAUGGCAACAGUAGGAUGGGUAAACCGUAAUACCCUGAAUGAACCUGUAGUUUUCUUGAUGUGGCUGCAGUCUUAAAUCAACAACUGUUUACCUCUCCAGCUCUAACAUGCCCUUCCUGUGCAAAAUUCAGCGCAGCCAAUUUAUUUUCUUUCCCCCCCUGAAUGUUUGCCUGCUCUGAAACAUUACAGAUUGUGUCUUUGUCUGGAGAGACGUUUUGAUGAAAGGCUUAGGUUUAGGAGACGACAUAACCAAAUAUUAUCAGACAAUAUUGUUAAUUUAAAUAAGAGUAUUUUGACAUUCCCCCCCAAAAAAGUCUUAUCAGCUUCUUUCAGCGAGUUCCACUGCACUCCUGAGGCUGAAAUGAACAUUAAUCUUAUGCAUUGAUGAUGACUCAGGAAAACCAAGGGUUCAAAGCCUGUAGAGAUGAUAGCCAUUUUUAGCAUCUUAGGCUGAUGGUUGCAAAAAAAAAGUCACAUAGCAAUGAACAGAACUACAAGGUCUUCACAUGUGUGUGUGAACCAACCUUACGUUCAGGUUUAGCAGCAAUGGCAGUUAAGAUGGCUGACACUGCUGUUACUGUACUUUUGUACUGUGUUGAUGCGGUUUUGAAGUACCACCGUUUCUGUAAUAUCUCACCAUGUCCAGACCUAGCAUUGUGAAUGUUGACAGUAUUACUCCCCUUGUCCGUUUCAAUGUGAAUGUACACUACUUCACCCUCUUGACUGCAAUUAAAUGGCAAGCCUCCCAAACUAAACAGAGUUUGGAUGGGGUUGUGUAUGUAAGUGAGGGACAACAAGAUUCACGCUUACAGUAUCCAGUCUGCAGCGUACUGAAACUUUGUGUUCUGUCCAUAUUUGACUUCUGUCUCUUUGUUGUCCAGAUGGCCAACCACAAAGUAAACUUGCACUUGAGUGUAUGUGUGUCAGUGUGUAUGCCCUAAAUUCACGCAGUGACUAGUCUUAAGAAGGCAAACCAGUGCAGGGCAAAGAUCUCUGUAGCUGCAGCAGUACAUCUGAUUAUUUAAAAUCAACUGGUUGUAUGAAGGGCAAUGUGUUAUAAGUACCCCAAACGCACAUAAUGUAGUGGAACCACAGUGUGAAUAUUUACGAUACUUUUAUACUCUAUUAAUCCAAUGGAUGGGAUUAGAAGAGAUAGAUUUAGAUUUGGUCACAUCUGAUUUGGUGGACAUAUGGUCCAAUAUCUCAGAGCUAAGUUCAAAUUCAUGGGCACAGUUCAAAUCCAUGGCAACUGUAAUAUGAUUUAUGCACCAGCUAUUCUAACCUGCCCAUAGCCUUGCCAUUACCCCUUGUUUGUUACAUGUUUUACAAUGGCUUUUCUGUCAUUGAUGAAUUCCAUUCCAUUCCUCUCUCACUGGAAUAACUGGUUCCCAUUCCUUUAUUUAUUUAGUUGCCAUUUUCUGCCCUAUAGUUUGACCUAAAUUUCCCCUGGGCAAACCAGCCCAAUAAUGUUAUUCGCAGUUGUGUCACUUUCCAUUGCCCUGUGAAUAUUGCCUUAAUAAAUGUGUUCAGUGCUGUUUGACUUAAAAUCAGUCAUUGCACACUGUAUUAAAAAUGUGAAUAUGCUGUGCUGUCCAUAUGCCUUACUACACUAUUGAUAAUUUGGCAGCUAAUGAGCAUGAGUUGUCUGAUUGAAUUUUCCAAGGUAUUUGUGCCAGCCAAUCCAAUCACUGAACACAAGAACACCAAGAGCAAUAAGUAAUGUUAUUGCUGUCCAUUUGGACCCAUUUUUUUUCUUCCAAACUGUAACACCCAAAUGUAUUUGAAAAGUGCCACUUUUUUAAAUUGUCUAGACUGUUCUCUGUCCACACCUCUCACAGUAAUCCAUGCUUUGCCACUCGGAUGUAAUUACAUAACACAACAAAUUAUAUUCUAAUUUAUUUUCCUUUAGUUUUUACAUGUGUUUGUCUUUUAUUUAUUUACCUUUGAAUGAAGACUAAUUUAUGCUCAAUGGGCUUCAGGUAUUAGUUGGGCAACUAGUCCCCGCAUCACACCAGCUUCUUGUCUGUUAGCUCACCACAUAUGGACCGUACUCAGCUUUCUACAAGUACAGUUAAAAGUUAAAGUUAGACACCUCAUUGUUGGACUGUUCUGUCUGUGAAGUUUAAAUAAAGGUGUGAGUAUGUA